AUUAAAGAUGGCAAACGUGAUUUAAUUCCAAUAUGUGAAUACAAUGGAUUCACAUUAGCCAUCCAAUUAGUGACAAAAAGUCAUUUCAUUUUGGUAGGAGAUGUAAUGAGAUCAAUAGUAUUAUUGGCUAAUAAAAAAACCUGUGGAGUUUGGUGGUAG